AUGUCUCUUGGCAGGAGAGUCCUUCUCAACAGCGGGCACAAGAUCCCCCAGCUGGGUUAUGGGACCUGGCAGUCGUCGCCUGGGGAGGUUGCUUUGGGUGUUUUUGAGGCCCUGAAGGUUGGUUACAGGCAUUUGGAUCUUGCCAAAGUAUACGGAAACCAGCUCGAAGUUGCCCAGGGUUUGAAGAGGGCUUUUCAGGAGAUUCCAGGUCUUCGACGUGAGGACAUCUUCAUCACAUCCAAGUUGUGGAACUCUCAACAUGAUCCCGAAGUUGUUGAAUCUGCCCUCGACGACUGUUUGGAGGAACUUGGUCUCGAGUAUCUUGAUCUCUACCUCGUUCACUUUCCAAUCUCGUUCAAGCGGAGCUCCGUCCAUGUCGGUCAGGACCUGUUCCCACUUACCGGGGGUAAUCAGCCCGAUGGUGACGUCGUCAUUGACGACACAAUCUCGAUUGUUGACACCUGGAGAGCCAUGACCAAGUUACCUCGAUCAAAGGCUCGAUCAAUCGGAGUGUCCAACCACAGCCUUGAACAUCUCAAGGCAAUUAUCAACGGUACAUCUGUCGUUCCAGCAGUCAAUCAGAUUGAGCGCCAUCCCCUGCUCAGGCAGGACGAUCUGAUUGCCUUCUGCAAAGAGAACAACAUCCAUAUUACCGCCUAUUCCGCUUUCGGGAACAACAUGCUCAAUGUCCCGUUGCUCUUCUCCCAUCCAGACAUCAAAUCACUGGCCGAGAGACUCUCCCGCGAGAGAGGCGAGGAUAUUACCCCCACUCAGAUCUUGCUUAGCUGGGCUCAGAGCGGUGGGCACAGCGUCAUUCCCAAGUCGGUCUCCCCGGCUCGCAUCGCCUCAAACUUUGAAGAAAUUGAUCUGUCACCUGAUGACCUCCGAGUGGUUGAGGGAGUAGGCAAGGAACAGAGACGGUUCAACAUCCCGUACAUUGCAAACAAGCCACGGUGGGACAUCAAUCUUUUUGGCGACGAGGCUGAAGCACCAGCAACGCACAAGGUCAUUAUCUAG